AUGAAGUUAUGGGAUGUUUUGGCCACGUGUUUGUUGCUCCUGACUUCUGUCUCCACAAGGCCUCUCUAUCACAACCUUCAGCCAGCCAAGAUAUUCUAUAUUCCCAAACCCCAUCCGGAACAGUUUGAUGAUGUAAUGGAUUUUAUUGAGGCUACCAUUGGCAGACUCCGAAGGUCAUCAGAGCUAGCUGGGGGCUACAGAGGAUCGAGGGAGAAGAAAAGACAAAAGGGAGCAGCAAACACAGGAGGAGGUAAAGGAAAGGGAAGGGAGAGGACAUCAGUGCAGAGUCGCGGCUGCUUGCUAAAGGAGGUCCACCUCAACGUAACGGACUUAGGGUUGGGCUACCAGACCAAGGAGGAGCUGAUUUUCCGGUACUGCAGUGGCCCCUGUGUUGAGGCACAGACCAACUAUGACAAAAUCCUAAAUAACCUCACCCAUAACAAGAAACUUGACAAGGACACACCCUCUCGCACCUGCUGUCGACCAAUUGCCUUUGACGAUGAUCUGUCCUUCCUCGACGACAACGUAGUGUACCACACAUUGAAGAAGCAUUCUGCCAGGAAGUGUGGCUGUGUCUGA